GGAAAUUACUCCUGUUCGCACAGACUGCUGGCCCACCUUUAGACAAUGAUCAGUACAGUGCACACACCAGUGGCUGUAUCCUCUACAGUCUACUAUUUGCUAUAAAGAGGCAAUGAAGGACAUACUUGUACUGCUGGUUCUGCUGAAUGCCCAAACUACCAAGGUCUGCUCUCAGCCCUAUAAGGCAGACUCAGAUGGAAACUGUCGCAACUCAACAACAGAGUACCUGUUAGAGGGUUCUAACCUGUGCUGCAAGAAAUGUCCCCCUGGACAGCGGCUGAAACAAGAAUGCUCUGAAACUACUGAGACUGUGUGUGAACAAUGCUCAACAUACCAGUACAUGGAGAACUGGAACUAUGCUCGAAACUGCCUUUCCUGUAGCAAAUGCAAAGAAACCAAAGGUCUGCGGUAUGGCCAGAACUGCUCCUUUACCACAAUGUCCAGGUGUGUGUGUCAGCCUGGGAUGUAUUGCAUCAUGGGAUUUAAUGACCCGUACUGCACAGCGUGUAAGAAGUACAACCCGUGCCCAAUUGGUUUUGGAGUGUCUGCGCCAGGGACAAAAAACUCAAAUGUGAGGUGUGAACAGUGCCCCAAAGGAACAUUUUCUGACUCAGCCUCCACCACGGACCCCUGUCGGCCUCAUACAAACUGUCACGGGAGGGCUGUUAGAAAAGGCGACGCUACCUCGGACACAGUGUGUGAACCUCAAACCUCAACAAAAGAGCCUCACGCUGAGACUGUGUUUACAACUGCAAGUACAGUGAUGAGCACAGUAUUAGCAACCUCAGACUCCAAGGCUCAACAGGGACCGACAGACUCCACACUGUCUAUCAGCCAAUCUGUUUCAGAGGUGGUGUUCAACUAUUCAACAAAAUCCCCGCCACCAAGCACAGUAUCUGACAGUACACUGGCUGCAGUCAUUGCCGGUGUCAUUGUAUUCAUUCUUUUCAUCGCUAUCAUUCUGCUGGCCCUUUAUAAACCAGUCUGGAAGAAAGAUGCUGCAAGAUUUCAUCUUAAAGUAGAUGCAAAUGGGAAUUGUGAGAGUGGUGAUGAAACCAAUCAGGGUUACUUGGUGGAAACACAGCUGACUUCCUUCACAGAAACCUCACCAGAACAACAGUGUCUGCUGCAGAAUGGGAAAGCCUGCAGUGGCCACAGUCAGUACUGUAACAAUACUGAAACUUUAGCCCAAACAGACGGCUGCAGCAGCCAGCAGUCCAUUGGUCCUUUGCAAUCCACUGUAUCUCUUUACAAUCCUCACUCUGCUCUGUCGAAUCCCAGGCCUUUACUUUCCAACUCAGAGCCAGUCACCCCCCAGCCCAGCGUUCCCACACAGUCCUCCUCUCAGCCCACCAGCCCACAGGUCCUCAGUCCAGUGACCUCCAGUCCCCACGUCAAUGUCAACAUCACUUUCAAUAUUAAUGGGUCUUGCGGGACACCUUCUGUCACGCCCACAGAUUUGAUGCAGGUUGACUCUAAACUCCCCUUUGGAGAGGAAGAGAGGUCAUUUAGCAUCCCACAGCAAGAAGCCGGAAAACAAUCACUGAUGUCAGUGCAGGAGAGUGAAAGUUACAGUGCAUGAAGAGUCACCUGCAUGGAUGACUGAUACAUCCAUUAUUUUUUUUAUUUCUGUCAUGAUACAUCGAAAACAUCAACUGUCACUGUGUUUAUAUGUAUAUACAAUUAAUAAAAAUAUGAAUAUUGUC